AUGGCGUCGGGGCGCCUCGUCGGCUGGAGUGGAGCAACGCCUCAUAAUGACCUCCUGCAGCCUAAACCAAUAAAUCCGCUACACAUGUACCACAAAACGGCGGGCUCGUUAGCCGAGGAGGCAAUGGCAUGGGUGAUCAUCGACGAACCGCUCCACAAGGUCAUCAAGGCUAACGGUUCCUUCCAAUACUUCGUCCACUUCCCCUAUGCUGAGGAUGCGGAGGACGUAGUUGAUCUAAUGAGAGAACCGGACGAAUUGUUCAAGCUCGUCCACAGCAUGCCCUCAGCUCUGGUCGAGGAUGGAAGGGAGGUACUUUUCUACCCUGGAGAUACGCUUGGAGUCACCAUAAACACCAUUCCCAGUUUUUCGUUCCGUAUCUUCCUCUAUAGACGUGGCGACGGCCAUACGCCCAGUCUUCGUUCUCAGCCAUAUCAAUUCCACCCGGAUUGCCGUAUUGGUGACCAGUUCAAAUUUUACUUGUGCGUCUACAAUAUGAAGGCAGUUACCAACGGAAACGUGCUCUUCUUUGAAAUUCGUGGCGAGGCAGAGCAUAACGAAUUAGCCACGUCCAACCAUCGACGCCAAGAAAACGAUAUUUGCGCGCUUUGCUGUGAUCGCGUCAAGCAAUGGACCUUCGCCUGUGGACACAUCUUUUGCAAAGUUUGUGCCGAGAAAGCCCUAGUGAAUAACCUACCAGCUGGCUGUCCGGAUCAAUACCGUUGUCCAAUUCGUUGUCGCUCCAGUCCUCUGCUUUUCCCGGUUCGGUACCUCUAUUCGCUGUGCGUGGUUGAUAACUGCCGGCCGCGGAGUUUCGAGGGAUACUGCGCACAACCUUGCGGUUGCUUCUACGGCCCGUGCUUGCCGACAGGACGAUCGGGACAACAAAUCUGGAAAAAGGGCGAAGAAAACUGGUUUCAAUCGACUCAAGGUGAUGCUCAAUGUCUCCGCUGUGAGAGGCAGGUCGAUUACUUGAUGAAGAUCUUUCCU